AUGCUGGCCGCGCCGCGCGACGACAGCCCCUCCUCGCUCUUCUCGCCAGAGAGCUGGACUGAGAAGGGCUUCGACGGCGUCCAGCGGCUGCCUGCCGCCUGCCGCGCGGCGGAGGCGACGACGGCCGAGGCGGAGCACCUCGCGCUCGCCUUCCUCUCUCAGGACGCCGACUCCGUCGUCGCUCGCACCCUCUCCAAGGCAGGCUCCUCCGCGGCUUCGCUCAAGCGGCAGUUUGAAGACUUCAGCGCUCGGCAGCCCAAGGUGAAGGGCGCGGCGCCGGAGCAGCCGUCGGUCGGCGCGUCGCUGCUCGCGCUGGUGCGCGGCGCCAACAACGAGCGAGCCGCGCUCGGCGACGAGUUCCUCUCCGGUGACGCGGCCGGAAAAAAUAGUUGGCCGCGUUGA